UUACUUUAAAUGGUGCACAAAUCAAUUGAAAGUGUUUUUGCUUAUAUCCUGUGUGCAGAUAAAAUGUCUUCACGAAAAAGAAAAGGGGAGAAAUCAUCUACAGUUAGUAAAAGAUAUAAGGGGGCAUCAUUAGAUGAUCUUGCUGAACAGGCAAAUAUUCUUUCUGAACAAACUGCUGAACAGGAAACCUCUCAAGUAGGAGUUUCUGGCCAAGAAAAAGAAGAAGAAGAAGAAGAAGAAGAAGAAGAAGAAGAAGAAGAAGAAGAAGAAGAAGAAGAAGAAGAAGAAGAAGAACAUGAUGUAAAUAAUGAUGACAAUGAAGAGGAUAAAACUGCAUCUUUUGAAAGGUCGGCGAUCGGGGCUGUUGAUUCUUCUAUUGGGACUGAUAUUGACAGACCUUCCACUGAUGAAGUUGUCAAAACUUUCAGUAUUGAGAAGUUCCGUGUGCAGAUGCCAAUGGAUAAACUAGGUGAUUUGAAUGGUGAUCUUGUUGUAAAAUCAGUCAUGGGCAAGCCCUUUGAUUACUUUAGGAAGAUACUUCAGGAGGAGGACUUGGAGGAUUUCUUCAGGGCCACAUGUUUUGGCAUGUAUCUAGAUUUGCCUGAGGACAACAAUGCAAGGUUUCAAAUGACCAUUGUGUAUGGUCUUCUCAAACGAAGAAUUAUUUGCAGCAAACCUGAUGAGAUAUGGAUAAACUACUGCGGCAUGCCAGUUUGUUUUGGCAUCAAGGAGUUUGCCAUAAUCACCGGACUGAGGUGUCAUGCUCCUUCUCAGCCUCUUCCUACAGUUACAUUAAAGAAGGGAGCCAAGACACCCAAGUCAUCCAAGGGAGCCAAGACACCCAAGUCAUCCAAGGCAGCCAAGAAAGGCAAGAAAGGCAAAGCCAAGGUUGAUGAUGAUUUGGAUUUAGUGGAUGUUUGUGGAAAGAGCUACAAAGCAGCGGAUUUGCUAGCAGACUUGAAGUCAGAAACUAUCUCAAGAAAGCACAAGGAGUCAUUGUGCUUAGUUUGGUUUGUGAAUUCUAUUCUUUGGGCAAGGGAUGUAAAGAAUAAUAUAGAACUUGGUUUGAUUAAACUCUCGGAGGAUCAUGAGGCAUUCAAUAACUAUCCAUGGGGUCAUAAAAGUUUUAAGUUGACUGUUGAAUAUUUGUGCAAAGCUUUGAACCCUAAUGUGAAGACUUCCAACAUCUAUGGCUUCCCUUGGGCCUUCAUGGCUUGGGCAUUUGAAGCCAUUCCUCACCUACGAAGUCAAGUCAGGGACUAUUCGGAAGAAGUUUGUUUUCCAAGGAUCCUCAGAUGGUUGACUACCAAAAACAGCAACAAAAAAAUGAAUCUUGAUCCUUUUAACCCCCCUAAGGAAGCGAUAAGUCGAAUCGUUGUGCACCCAAGGCUUAUCCCGACAAAACGAGAGGUGCGGAUGCCAUGUCUUGUUAGUUUAGGGCAUAGGGAAUCUGUGCAUGAUGAAUUGAUUGAUCAGAUAAAAGAAGAAUUGGCUGGAGCCACAACCAUCAUAAGGGCUGGUGUUGUUGAUGGUGGUGGUGGUGGUGAUGGUGAUGGUGAUGUUAAUGCUGUUGGUGAUGGUCUUUGGUCUUUGGUGAUCUUUGUUGAUAUGAAUAUUGUUGUUGAUGUUGCAAGACAAGCAGUGGAAGGUCGUCUUGCUGAUAAAAGAAGAGAUGAUGAUGGUGGUGGUGAUGGAGUUGGUGGUGGAGUUGGUGGAUAUACUCCCCAAAGUGGUGGUGGUGGGCAGACCACAGAUAUCCCUUAUAGGUUGGGUAGAUAUUCUUCAGUUGGUGCCGGUUCCUCCAAGGUGUAUUCUUGUGCUUGUGAAUGCAGUACUUGCAGGCUGAAAAUGGAGGGUUUGAUAAAUAAGGUUGAAGAGUUGCUUCAGGCACAAAAAGAAACGAAUUCGGCUAUAAAGAGUUUGAUGUCCAAGAGGAGCAAGGAAAACAAGUACUCCACGAAGUCUAUUGCUACUCCUCCCGCUGAAGUUGUGCCACAAGUGCCGAAAAAAGUUGAUAUUUUCAAGCGUGUAAACCCCCAAAAAAGAAAGAAGGUUGAAACCUUGAUCAAAUCCAAAAAGGGUGGGAGAGCACUAUACUCAAUGCAUGAAUUUGGGGCAGAAGACUUCAAGGUUAUGACAAACAUGCACGAAUGGUGGGAGGAUUGGUAUGUAGAUGAAAUCUUAUUGCUGAUGCGUAUGAGGCAGCUUAAUUUCCCUGAGCACUAUGAUUCCUCUGAUAGAAUCAUGGACCUCAACUUCUACCAUCACUGUCGCAACAGGCACUUAGGGUUGUCCAAUGAGUCUACAAAUGUGGGUGCCGUGCCCUAUGAUCAAAGACUUGCUCUCUUUAGGUGGGACGAUGAUGGUCUCGCUUUUCCCAGAGGUGUUGUGCCCUACCCAGGUGGGCGCGAGUGGAUUGGUGCCAAAAGGAUCAUAGCUGUCAUGAAUAUUAAUGACAACCAUUUUGUCACUAUUGAGAUCAUCAUUGAGGAGGGUAUCAUAAAUGUUUAUGAUUGCAACAUCCCAUGUAAUGCAGACGAUGAUUUCUUCUGCCACAUGCAACCGUUAUUGGAUCUUUUCCCCAAGUUGCUAAAGCAGAGUGGCAUGUUCUCACACUUACCUGAAAAGUUGCUGAAUGAAUCAUGGAAAUUUAAUCGGAAGAAGAAUAUCCCCUGCAAUCAGACCAAUGAGGCAUGUGCUUCCUGGUCACUUGCUUUUGUUGACGCUUGGCUUACCCGCACGAAUAUGACCAAGCCCGAUACCUUAUUGACUGAAAAUAUUGUGGAGAGGAUACAAUGGAGGUGGGCUUGUGGAAUUAUUGAUAAGGAAUCUGUUGGAAUAUAUGGAUCUUCUGUUGCAACAAUUUACUUAGUUGUUGCAACAAGUAAGGAAUCUGUUGGAGCAUAUGGAUCUUCUGUUGCAACAACUUACUUUGUUGCUGCAACAAUUAAGGAAUCUGUUGGAACAUAUGGAUCUUCUGUUGCAAAUAAUCAACUUUACGAAGAUGUUGCAACAACAAGUGAUUAA